GCGCACACGCACGCGCAGAAAUGUGUCUGUUUGGUUGCUGAGAAAGUUGAGGAAAAAUUCCAAAAAAAAAAAAAAAGAGAGAAAAAUAAUAGUUUUUGGUAUUUUAUUUAUUUGAAGUUAGUUUUUAUGUAUCAAGGAGUUGAAAAGUUUUGGCCUCAAAGAAUGCGGAGAAUCGUUUACUGUCAAUUUAGUGAAUUGACGAAUUUUUUCCCGAGUUUUUUUUUCUCGCUUCAGCUAUUGUUUUAUUCACAAAGAGGCUUGACAUAUAAAUGCAUGUCUGUUUUAGUUGCCAAGAUAAACGCGGUAUCAAGAGUCUUUUUCUUUCUCCGAAUGUAUGUCUGUUCGUGUUUAGUCGCUGAGAAAGCUUGCUGAAAUGCAAGGGAAAUAAGGAUUUUAUUCUGGGUUGUUAUUUUUUAUGAAAAUUAGAAGUUAACCUCAAAUACGGCGGAUAUUGAUUUUGCUCACUUCAGCUAUUAUUUUGUUAAAAUUAAUGGUUCUAAUAUGGUGGCUUGAAUUUUGAAUGGUUGGCCACUUGGCCUUCUCCAUUUCCUCAUGAACCUAUAGGAGCCUUUAUGUUAGUUUAUUUCUUGUUCGCCCCUUUGCUCUUUUGGAGCAGGGCGCUUGUGAUUUUGGUUGAGUUUUGGCUUUGCUUGUGCUUUUGCUAAAGUAAACUUUGUUUGCUGUUGGAAUUGAGUAGUGCCUUUGUUAGUGGUGGCCUCAAAAUGAUUUUGUUUGUUCUUUAUUAGUGUCAUGAUGAAUUACAAUAUAUUGCAUUAAAGUUUCUCGUGCUUAAUUUGCUUUACCAUUUCUCUGGGUUUUGAUUUAGAGAUUUCUCAAUUAUUGACUUUCCUUUAUUAUCUGCAUUCCAUUUUGUGUCAUUACCAUUCCCUAUGGUUCAGUCAGAAAAUCUGGCCUGUUCUAUUCCUUUUCUAUUAUUAUAUCUUGAACAUUUAAUUUUUGAGUAGAUCUGGGAUUCUGGGAAAGAGGCAGACUGAAAGGCAAAGAAAUUUACUAAAUUUGGGCUCAGACUCUAGUUCUUCCAGCAGUGGUACCAUUAAGGAAGAUCUGUUCACAUGUGGGUUGGGGCGGAGCUCUUCCAGACGGGUCCCUGGAACCCCAAUGAAGAAGUUAUUAGCGGAGGAAAUGUCAAAAGAAACUGAGCCCAAGAGACGAACUCCUAGUGUUAUUGCGAGGUUGAUGGGUCUUGAUGGGCUGCCACCUCAGCAGCCUCUACAUAGACAACAUAAGGGGUUCUCUGAAACUUACCAGCAGAGAGCUGCUUUCUUAGUGUCUGACAGGAAUGGAAAAUCACGUGAACACCGAUUGAAUAGGAAAGUCUCAAUGGACCAGAAAGAAUAUAAGGAUGUGUAUGAGGUUCCGGAGAUAUCAAAAAUUGGCAGUGACCCAGCAAAAGGGAUUUUAGAUCCAAAGCUUUCUGGAUCACUGGUGGCAUUCACUCAGCCAAGGCUCAUGGAUGCAAAAUGUCCUUCCACAAAUGAAAGGCUUUAUAGUUCUAGAGAAUCUUGUGAUACACUUGACCUGCUUAAUGCUAACAAGGAUCAGCAACCAGAUCCCUUGUUUAAGAAGCAUCUCCUCGAUCUGCAAGGUUCUGCUCCCAGAUCACAAUGCAGUCGCAUAUCAGUUAUAAAGUCAUCAGAUUCUGAAAACUAUGAAAGCAAUACCAUUGGCUGGAAAUCUGAUAAAGGGACAUCAUCUUGUGACACUAGCUCUUAUUGGAAACAUGGUCGCUCAACCCACUUUGGCAAUCAUUGUGGUGCUCAGGAACCUUUUCAGUUAUCGAAAGUUCAAUUAGAAGGGAAGCAUAAAACGGACAUUCUCCCAACAAGGAUUGUUGUUCUGAAGCCAAACUUUGAAAAGGUGCAGAAUGCUACUAAAUUUGUUUCAUCACCCUAUUCUUCAGAUAGUAGCAAACACAUGGAGUGUCAGAAUGUUGGCACUGUAGAGGCAGGAUCACAAGUUAAGAAAAAUUUGCCAUCAGAUUUGAGUUUUCUGGAAUCUAAGUCAAGAGAAUCCAGGAAGAUAGCAAAGGAGAUUACAAAGAGAGUGAGAGAAAGUCUGGGUAGCGAGCUGGUUGAUUUAUCUUCCAUACUUAGAGGAUAUGCUGGGGAUGAGAGCUCAUACAACAUGUCUGGAAGUGAUUCUACAAGUGAAUCAGAUGUGACAAUGCUGUCUUCCAGACAGUCCUUUCAUAGGAGUAACCGGAGCAAACCUCCAUCACUGAGUUCACCGGAGUCAUGUUUAACUAAGGAGGCUACUAAUAGACUAUCAGAGAGAUGGAAGACUUCCCAGAGAUUUCAGGAUGUUGAAGCAAUGGGUAAGGGCGGCACGCUGGGUGACAUGCUUGCUAUUUCUGACAGGGAAAUGAGCCCGAAGAAUUUGGGUCCAGUGGUUGGUUCAGAUUGGUUAAGUGACAAAUUUUCUGGUAAUGAGGAAAAUGCAGAGUGGGAUAGCCCUUUGGGUAUUAGUAGCCGGGAUGGCUGGAAGGAUGGAUACGUCAGAAAUUCCUCCAGGUUGAAAUCGAUUUCUGCUUCAUCUGUUGGAUUUGGUGGUUUACAGGCGGGCACGAAAUAUGGAACUCUUGACCAGGAUGGGUAUUUGAUGCCCGCAGAAGUCAUGAAUGAGGUUAGAAAUAAUGGAAUCAAGAAAAGUUUCAAAAAGAAAGAAGAUUAUGCAUCCAGAAACUUUAGAGCCUGCCAUGAGAUAUCUCAGUCCCAUCGUCGCAGCUUUAGUGAUAAUCCCAACUUUUUUUUGGAGGAAAAGCAAUUUAGCCACUCUCAAAUGAAGAGAUCCUGCAAUAAGACAUCUCAGUCCCAUCGCCGCAGCUUUAGUGAUAAUAUCGACUCUUUGGGGGAGAAGCAAUUUAGCCACUCUCAAACGAAGAGAUCCUGCAAUAAAACAUCCCAGUCUCAUUGCCGCUGCUAUAGUGAUAGUACUGACUCUUUGGAGGAAAAACAAUUUAACCACUCUCAGAAGAAGAUCAACCCUGGGAGAAAACAUCCACCAGAGCAACCUUUGGCUUCCAAGAUGCCAACUAGUAAUGUUGACAAUACAGGUUUGAUUACUGAUAUAGAGGUGGAUGCUAAAAGUGAGGAAAUGACCAGGUUGUCUGAAUCUCCUAUUGUGCUGCCACCAAAACCAUCACCUUGUCUGUUAGGAAAUUGCAAUUUCCCCACUCCUGUUCCAGAGGAUUCAAUAUUACAGAUCCACCGGAACAACACUGAGACAACAUUUCUUUCUCCUGGACCAUCUGAAGAAUCAGCUCCGCUACAGUACCCAGUACCUGAACCAUCAUCUCCAGCAAGCUCAAAGGAGGCUGUUCAUCUGAGUCCAGAUUCAGUCCUGGAUAUUCCUUUCACAGAAGAAGUAUUAUCUCGUUCUGAGUGCUUUGAGAGAGUCAGUGCUGAUCUUGAUGAGCUCCGAAUGCAGCUUAAGCUUCUCAAGAUGGAUUCUGGAGGAUAUUCUGAUGGUGGGGUGCUUAUUUCAAGCGAUCAAGAUGUUGGCCAACAAUCUCUCUUGGUCUCCGAAGAAGAGGCCAUAUUUGAAGACAGCACCUGGGAGUCAUCUUACCUAGUUAACGCGCUAAUCGACUCUGGACUUGAUGAUGCCGAUCCUGAUACCAUUGUGGCAACAUGGCACUCUUCAGACUGCCCCUUGGGUCCCUCAGUAUUCGACAACCUUGAGAAGCAGUAUUGCAGCGAGCCAUGUUCUAGGUCCGAAAGGAAGCUGCUCUUUGACCGCACGAAUUCUGGGCUCCUCGAGAUUUUCCAGCCCUUCAUGGAUCCCUUUCCAUGGGUGAAGCUGCCGACCAGGAAGCUUAGCCAUAAGUGGCCAGACCGGGGACUCAAAUACAAGCUGCGCAAGCUGCUGGCCAGGGAAGAGAAGCGAUCGAGCGAGGGCUCGACUGAGGCAGCGCUGGACGGGGAGAUGCAGUGGCUGGAUUUCGCAGAUGACAUCGAUGCCAUUGGUAAGGAACUUGAGAAGCUAAUAAUAGAUGAGUUCAUAACCGAGGUUGCAAAUAUGUAGGAUAGAUGAACCAGAACUGCAUUUUAGGGUAGCUGCAUGCAAAUGAACGAGGCAAUGGUAGGUCCAGAGAUUGAUAAAUAAAACACUAUUUUCCACCAUAUAUGUUGCCAUUUCUUUUACAGUAUGUUAGCUGUUAGCAAAUCUGGGUUUAAUCUUAUUAGUGGAUAUGUCUGUAUAAGAAUGGCGUUUUCUAUC